AGAAACAGACAAGCUAUUAAGCCGCCGCAAAUUUCAUAUUCAUGGCUGUCUGGUUAAUCUUAGUCAUUAGCAGAUGCGAUUGAAACCCGUUUAGUAGGUGGAGCAACUUUAUGGCAGUAUAAAAGACGGACGGACUCAUUGAUUCACAUCUAGUUGCUGCUCUAAAAAUGCUGAAAUACGCUGUAAUCUUUGCCAUGUUGCUGGUUCUGGCCAGCUGCAUUGAGGAUGAUCGGGAGGCGCAGCUUCUGAAGCUGGAAAACCGCCAGAACCUGGACGGAGCCGGAAAGUUCCAACAUGAGAUUGAAGUCAGCAACGGUAUCUCGGCCAAGGCUCAGGGCAAUGUAAAUGGCAUCCAGGGCGAAUACUUUUUGCCAGGAGAAGAUGGAAAGCCGGUUAGGGUGACGUACACAGCAGAUGCCAACGGCUUCCAUCCCCAGAUUAACUGAUCGCCUGACCUUGACUAUAUAAUAUAAUAAAGCUUAAGUACUCUUGUGGUA